ACGCCGCUUCUCUUUAUUGUGCUUGGCGUCAUAACUGAACUUAUUCCUAUUUGUUUACGUUUUCAUAAUUUUUCAAACGUAACCAGUUUUUUGGAGUGAUUUUUUAAUCAGAAAUUGAGUGAAAAAUCGGUGAAAUUGCCCUACUUCGUUGUAAGAAGAUAAUGAACUCAUUGUUUACUAAUUAAACGAGUUUCUUUUACAUAAUGGUACUUACAAAAAGAGCAAACGCCAAACUGGCUGCAGAGAAGCCAUCUAAAGAUGCUCCAAAGAAAGCUGAACCAGAAAGGAAGUCUUCUCCGGCAAGGACUAAGUCCCCGGCGAGAAAGCCAUCGCCUGCAAGGACUAGAAGUCCAGGCAGACCUAAAACUCCUGAAGGAGGUAGGGCACGCAGUCCAGGAAGGCCUAAGAAAAAUGCGACAGAGGUAAAAGAUCGAUCUCCAUCUCGUAGAAAAAGUGAAUUGCCUGUGGCCAAGCCUGUGCAGAGGUCAGGAAAAGUUACUCCAACCAGAAGAAGCCCAAUUAAGAGGACAGUACCUAAGUUGGAUUUAUCCGAUGAUGAAAAUAAAGAUGAUGUUCCACUAAUUGUUAGAAAACCAAGGGUGUUUGAAAUUGAAACAACGUUGGAGUCUGAUGAUGAUCGUGGAAGGAGAAGUUUGUCUAGAUCAAAACCGAAAAAUGAUUUGGUGAAUAAAUUACAGGAUAAUCUUAAACGAGAAAUAUCAGUUGAAUCAUCAACCUCAUCAAUUCUAAAAAGAGUAACCAGAUCUCAAAACCGUGAAGUUGACCGGAUCAUACAUUUAAAGAACUUUGAAAAUUUUGCUAACAAAAUGUCAGAAUUUUCUGACGAGGAAGAAAAACCCAAACAACAAACUCAGCGUGCUGCCAGUAAGAUCAAUUUUAAUUUCCUCGGCAUUCUGGGAGUCCUUUCGCUCAUAAUAUCCAUACCUACUUUCGUAUUUUUGCUUCUAACACAGUGUUCUAAAGAUUCUUGUACUUUAAAAUCAUCAUUCUCGAGCUUCAAGUCAAUCCCCUUGGUAUUUUUGAACUUCUUGCCAUCAUUUUUAGGUUAUAGCUCUUACUUUGCAUUACUAAUUCUACUUUCUAUUCUACCGUGGGGAAGAAAAGUUUCCAACCUACCCGACAAACAGGAAAAACGAAAUUACAGAAUGAAUGGCUUGCUCAGUGCAGCUCUGUUAAUUUCUCUGACACUAAUUCUGGAAACUCAGCAAAUUUCUGCCAUCAAAUUUGUCCUAAAUAAUUACAUUUACUUGUAUCUUUCUGCUUUGGUUGUUGGAAUUUCUCUAAGCAUUCUGGCUUAUGUACGAAGCUUCUACGUAUCUGUCAGUGCUUUGAAUCCAAACAUUGUGAACAAGGGAAGGAUUUACAAUUUUUUUGUGGGUAGGGAGCUGCAUCCAAGGAUUUGGGGACUUGAUUGGAAGCUGUUUGUAAUCCGGAGUGCAGUGCUGACCAAGCUGCUGAUCGACUUGGCUCUUGUGUACAAUAAACUUCACGUCCAUCUUAACAUAUCAGAAAAAGCAUUCAAUAUCAAUCUAAAUCAUCUGACUCCUACAAACAUAGUUUUCUUAGCCCUGGCUACUAUAUUUACUUUUGACUGGCUUAUUUUUGAAUAUACGAGGAUCACAUCAAAAGAAGUUCAACAAGAAGCUUUUGGUUACUAUAUGGCAGUAACCUACCUGACUUUGCCUUUCAUUAAUUCUUUCGUGACAAAAUACGUAUUGGAUCAUAAUAUUAAAUUGUCUUAUUGGGAAUUGGGACUGGUUACGGCCCUGUUUCUUCUGGGAUACAUCAUCUAUCGAGGCAGUAACAACCAGAAAGACGCUUUCAGGAAGAAUCCAUACAGUCCUUCAUUUUCGAAUUUGGAGACUCUACCGACCACCCAAGGCAAAAAACUGCUCUGUUCUGGUUUUUGGGGUCUUGUGAGGCAUCCAAACUACCUGGGACACAUCCUUAUCGAGCUAUCAGUAAUUCCUUUCAUUUUGAAUACCCCAUUGCUUAUUUUCGUCUUUAUAAAAGUCCUGUUUUUGAUCUACCGAACCCUGAGAGACAGCAGACAUUGCAAACAGAGAUAUGGUACAGCUUGGGAUAGGUACUGUAAUAAGGUUAGGUACCAUCUCAUACCUAAAAUUUUCUAGACAAUAUUUAUCAAAAAAAAAUCGUUAUCCGUAUAAAACGAAAGGAUUUUAAAGAAAUUGAGAUAACGAAUUUGUUAGAGAAUAACAUAUGAUCGAAAAAACGGCGUCAUAUUGGCUUUUGAAUGAUUGUUUUGAAACCGAGUUUGUGUCUGUAAACUUUUUACUUUUUCCUAAAUUAAAUAUCAAUUUCAGACAUGUUUUUGAACAGUUUCUAAUAAAUGACAUAGAGGGGUCUGCCUGUCAGAAAUUAUUGAUUAUUUUUCUAGGGCUACUAUGACGCCGUUUUCUUUUUCGAUUACGAUAUUUUUAGGAGAUAUUUGAGAAAUAAUUUGUGUAUGUUGAUGUACAGUAUUUUGGAUAUUUUCAUUUUUCAAAAUUUUUGAUCUUGUUUUAUAAACAAGAAUUUAAAAAAAAAAUAUUAAUUCUAUUUAAUAUUAGGAAAUGUGCCGUAAUUUAGAAAAAAAGAUUAAUAUACAGGGUGAUUCCUAAGUGAGAUAUUUCCUCAAACCAUUUUAAGAAAAUAAUGAUUAUAGAAAUAUACUGUGUGUGUCAAAAAGUUCACAACAAAUGGGGAAAAUGUAUCAUUCGGUUUUAGAAGAAAUUUAAGCACCUGGGCAUGUUCUUUAAUGAAAAUAUAAUUUUGACAUAUGUAACUGUCAUGACGUCAAUUUACAAAAAUCUUAAAUCUCCAAAAAAUGAGGUUGGAUGAUAAAAUAUCGAAAAUUGAUAUUUGUUGGUUGAAAAAUGAUUGAGAAAUUAUCCCAUAUUUUGCCUUACUUAUGAAAUACCCUGUAUGUUGAAGUCGUUUUGAUAUGGGAUAUACAGUACCUAUAUAUAAAUCUGGUAAAGUUCAAAUAAUAUUUUUUAUUAAUUUAGUACAUUUCAUUUUUAUUCGUUUUCAUAAUAUGUUUUUUUCAUAUUUUUAACUAACAUACAGUGUGACACAUAAAUAAGUUUGGGAAAAUUAAAAUAAGGUUUUUUAUGAAUUGCUAUAUAUUUUUUAUGUAGAUUUGUCACUAAAAAAUGUAUAUAAAAUUUUGAUAGAAUUUUACACAGUCUCAUAGAGUUUCUUUAGGACUUACAACCGGAAAAAAUGGCGUUUUAGUGGAAUGGCAAUAACGCCUAUAUUGACAAAUUUAAUAAAAUUGGCAUAAAAGCUUGUUAAAAAUCGAUAUCCAUAUCUAGUUUUUAUUCAUAUGUAAAUCUAUUUAAAUAUUAAUUUUUGAGAAAUUGGUAUGUGGUUAAUUAAUAAAUUAUAUAUGGGUCUGGAUUUUAACGUGUAAGACAGUGAUGUUGACAGAUUAAUGGGAAAUCAAAUGUAUUAAAAAGCGUUAAAAGUUGGGUUGAUACAUUUCUUCUAUGCGGUAUUGCCGGAUUUUGCACCAAAACUUCAAAUCGCAUAAGUAGGCGUUUAUGAAACAUGUUGCAUCUAGGGUUGGAACUUUAUUGUUCACAAUUAGUUACUCAUUUUACUACAGCUGUAAUAAAUUAUAUUUAGCUUAGAUAUAUUAGUAUACAUGAAAGUUUUUAAAAUAGUUUAUUUUUUUCUAUUUUUUUACAAACACAUUUUUCUACAAACGUAAAAACCGGCAACACUGUAUGCCGCUUUUUAUUUCCUCUCUCUAUCUGUCAACCGAUUAUUUAUCUGUCAACCGAUUAUUAUCUGUCGCAUCUCUGUCGCAUGCAUUAAAAUACAGACCACGCAGAUGAAGUGACCAUGGACUAGUACAGUUCAGCUAUGACGCCAUAUUUUUCGAUUGUUUAUACAUGGUGUGGAAACACUUUUAAUCAAGUGACAAAAAAUUACAUGGAAGGAAAGCAAUAUAUACUUAGAAUAAUAAAAACAACAGAAAAAUAUUUUAUUCAAUUUCAGUGUAAAGCAAUAUUUUUAUACUUGACUCAAAAAUUAAUCAAUUUAAUUCAUUUUAGAAUUUCUUCUGAUGUUUAAGUAUAUUUAAUCUUUUUCUUUGCUCUUCUGUUGAUUGAGUCAUAUUUUAUUUAAUAUAGAAUAGGAUAUUUUUUGUACCUUAUUGGUAGAUCUCUCUGGACUUUUUUUAUAUUUUUGAUAGUCUCCUUUAUAACUUCAUUUAUAUUUUUGCUCAUAUACAUAUUAUGUGCAAUUUGUAUCCAUAAUUUUUUUCUUUUUUUAUAAUUUGGAACUUUAAUUUGAAUUGCACUUUAUAUAUUUUUUUCUGUAGCUUUAUAUAGAUAUAUAGCAGAUAUUUUCAUAUUUUAAAUAUGUAUGUACAAUUGAACAAAAUAAAAGUACAAUCUUUUUUAUAUUAAGGGAGUAAGCAAUUUUUUUAUUCUUUAUUUUAUAAAUAAAUUUAAUUAAUAUAAAUAGUUUCUGGAAAAACUGUUUAAAAAAUUGACAUUUGACAACUUUUAGGAUAAUAUAAUAAUUGCUUAGUCUUCUAAUAUAAAUUUAGAAUUUGUCAAUUGACUUGAUACAACAAUAUUUAUGUUAAAAUUAUUAUUUUAUGUAAAAUAUGCAGGUUAAUUACUUUCAAGAAUUGUGUGUAAUAAAAAUUAAGAUAAUUUUUAAUAGAUUUCAAGUCAGUUGUCAAUAUUCAUAUAGAUGUAGAUGUAUAUGCUAUAAGAGGAGUCCAUUUUGGAAUAAAGUAAUUUUGAAAUAAAA